UGUAUCAUUUGAUUCGUUAAUUUAUGUUUUAGAUGUAUGGCACGUGCUGUGGAUGUAAUGACUGUAUCUCCUUAUCUUUGGUAUCUACCAAUAAAAUAUCUAAGGUUGCUCCAGGGGAACAUUUGAUUCCUACGGAGAAAACAGAUACCAGUGAUCGCGUGUCGAGUGUUGAUAAAACCACUUAGGUUUACAAUUGCAGAUUUCUAUUCGUUUAUACCUUAGGCUGCUAAAAUAACAAACGUGGAAGAAUUUGUUGAAAUAUUCAAUAUACUGAUUUUUCUCACUGACAGGUCAGUUAAAUGCUUUCCUAUGUAGUCUAAUUUAUCUGUAGACAUUAGCAGUUAGUACACACAGAGAACGAUUUCUUAACUUGGUAUUAUAAAAAAAAAUACGUUUGCAUUCUUAACAAAAGGCAACAAAAUCAGAAUGGAAUUUAAUAAUACAGCGGAAAACAGACACUGUUCUAAUUGCAGUUUGGAUAAUGAAAGAUUUAUGUUCCAAAUAUCUGCCUUUCCUAAAGACCUAGCUUUCCCUAUCUAUGGAGUUCUCUGCCCGAUCGUGACCAUUCUAACACUGGUAACUAACAUUCUUGUAGUUUGUGUGUUUAUGAAACGUCGGAUGCGAUCAGUUACUACAGUGUUUUUGGUUGGACUAGCAGUUUCAGAUACCCUUGGCGCAUUUCUAUGGAGUUGCGUCCAUUUAUUUUUUUACGGAAUAAGACAAAAACCGUAUACCGAACCGAUAUCAUACCCGAUAUGUGUGUUCCAUGAUUAUGGAUUGUAUAUUGCAGUGAUUCUUCACACCAUUUCAGUAUGGUUGACAAUGACCUUAGGAAUUCAGCGUUGUAUCAUAGUUGUAUUUCCUUUCAAAGGACCUCGAAUUUGGACCAUGAAAAACUCAGUGAUCAUGACAACAAUGUCAUACCUCAUCGCUGUUGUUUUCUUUGUAUUCUUAUUUUUCAUGAAAGAUUACUCAGUGAAAGAAAUGGCUGAUGGUUCUCAGAUUUGCAUGGAACGCUACGCCGACUGGUUUAAUCGGAACAUUUCUACAUAUAUGAGUAUUUAUCACGUGUUAAGAAGUGUUGCAGUCCAGUUGCUUCCAUGUUUGUCUAUGAUGGUAAGCACCGCUGUUUUGGCUCAUAAACUCAGGAACGAGAAAAUUUUCCAAAGAGGAAUGUCUAAAAAAAUCGGAGUCGGACAAAAAAAAGAUUACCAGCACCGACACCGUACAACUUUAAUGGUUGUCAUCAUCAUGAUUAUAUUUCUCAUUGUUGAAGUUCCGAAUGGAAUAGUAUUUGCAAUAAAGAUUUACGAUCCCGACAAUACAAUAAUGCCAACAAGUAUUGACUAUCCAUUUGCAAUUCUUCAUAAUUUUAUAUUAUUGCUUAGUUAUCAUUGUAAUUUUUGGAUAUACGUUGGACUUAGCGCUCGAUUUAGAAGGACCUUGAAAGAUAUGCUUCUUGGGUCAAGAGUAAAGCGAACAUUCGAGCGAGUGAUGUCCAUGUCGCGGACUGAUUCCUUCUCACAUCAAGGAUAUCCUCUAUCAAACAUCAAAAACAGGCAUAUAAAUGGCAACGGAUCAACUAUAGUUAAAUAUACAAGUGUUUGUUCGGAGGGCUUCAACCAAACGCACUAAAAACCGGCACAUAUUGCGGUAUCUUGUUUGAAAACAAACUAUCAAGUCACAAGACUCGGUCUAAUGAUAUAAGGAUUGGAAGGAAGUGUGCAUGAAAGUCUUCGUGUGGUGGCAGUCAUGACUUUAGUUUUUUUUUCUUUGAUAACCUAUAAGCUUACUGCGGAUAUUUUUAUGUCAUAAAUUUCUGAUCAAAUAAAUCAAUGGUAAGUCUG